AUGGAAGAGGCUGCUAGUCUUGUGCAGGGAAAGACCGAGGUCAAAAAUGAAGCGACAAUUGAAGCGGAAAAUACAUCAGAAUCACAAGCAAGAGACGAUGAUGCUGACGAACACCAAGAUGCUCCUGAUACGCUUUCCAUGUCUGAUUUCUCCAGGAGAAUACAUCAUCCGUUUGAUUACAAGAUCACUUUGCCCUUUCUUUACGGCAACGAUGACGAGGGGAACGCGAGGAAUGCACCUGAAUCGUCCUUAUCCUACAUCCCUUGGCGAUUGCGACUAAUGGAACAAGUGGCAUCGUCUAAGAAAGGAGAAGCUAAUGGCAAUACAAACGAGGAAAAAUCAUCGGAUGACAACCCCACCGAAGACAGUUUAGUCUUUUCGCCCUGUACCUAUCUAGAAUUGCGUCGACAGCAAAAUGAUGCUUGGGCUUCAGAUCGUCUGAAGGAAGGCAACGAACAACUCUUUAUAAAUCCGAACAUGGCCGAGACCAAAUUCUUGGAGGGCUUGGAUUUGGUACCCGAUCAUGCCGAUCUACUAACGGCUCAUGCCAAACUACUUAUCACCAACAACGAUUUCGCAGCAGCCGAAACCAAGCUAAAACGUGCGCUGGAGACUGAUCCGGAUCACAAGCUCGCCCAAAAGACACAACUCGAGUUGGUUCGAAUAAAAGAGGGACGAAUGCGCAUGGAACAGCAGCAGCAAAACUUGAUGCUGCGAAACAAUGCGCCCAAGUAUGACUUCUUGUCAAGUCGUAAUGUGGAAGUGGCCAAAGGCAACAGCGCAUACAACGAUGCUCUCAUGGAACGGGCGCUUGUCAUGGGAGACGACGCUGACUGUGGGGGUAAUGUUGCCAGCGAUGAUGAUGAUUCCAGUAGGUCGAGACGACGCAAGAAAAAGUCAAAAAAGGACCGAAAGCAGAAGAAGAAGAAAAGGAAGAGACAUCGAAGAAAACGAAGACGGCGGUACUACUCUUCAGAAUCGGACGAAGACGACAGCAGUCGGUCAGUAGUGUCUGGUGGUGACGCUAGUGACGACUGCAAGAAGAAGGAAAACGGCGACGAUCGUGGGGACAAAGGCAAUAUAUUACAAGAGAAAGACCAGAAGGAAGAAAGAAGCGAUGUUGAUUCAACAGAGGACAGGCGACGUAGAAAAGAUAGAAAGCGAAGUAGACAUCGUGGAAAACGACGGAGGGGACGGUACUCUUCGGAAUCCGAAAACGACCAUGACGAGGACGGUAGCCGGACGGUUUCAUCAAAAAAUGGUGGCAGUCAUGACGAGGAUGCUGUUCGUAAAAACAUAAAUGAGAAUGAUGUCGGCAGCAAAGGGGGUGGCACUGCACAGGAAAAUCAAACCGAAGAAAGAAGCGAUGAUAGUUCAAGAAAUGACAGGCGGAGUCGAAAACGACAUCGGCACCGGGAUGACCGAAAACGCCGCUCUCACAAAAAGCACCGAAGAAGAGAUUCUUCAUAG